AGCAGCUGUUUGAUUUCUGUUGGUAUGAUGUAUAAUCCCGUCGUUCUCCUUCUGAUUCUUGGCUGUGUGAAGAAACCGUGUCUGCAGAGGAAUUCCUGCCACGAUCGAUUCGGAGAGACGGAGAACCAACAACUUCAAGCUUGUCUGACUGUGAGCUGUAAGGAAGCUCUGAGCCGGUGCAUGAACCAGACCAGCCACGAUAUCGUCACCGCCAUGAAGAACGAGGAUCCUUCAGCGUCUACCAAAGUCCUGCAGCACCGGGGGGAAUCUGCGGUGAGAGAAGCGAUGGACGUGUUCACUCACUGCGGCGACAUGUUUUCCCCUCACGGCGCCGUCCAGCUCAUGGCAUGUUUGCUACAGAAGAUGAUGGAUGAGAAGCACCAGGAGCUCAUCAGAAACCCUCUGCUCAUGUUCAGUGAUCCAGGUUUUUCAGGAUGCUGGAUGAGGAGAAGCUUCCAACGCCUGAUGAGCUGCACCAGUGUGUUUGAUCAGAACGUCCUGACGACCGUGUAUGAACAUGCUACGAGCGGCCAAGCAGGCACAGACUGUUUCCUGGAGAUGUUUAUCCCCCGGGGUAAAACAUGUCUUCCAGAGUCCAUGAGGUUCUUCGGUUCAACACGUGGAACACAAGCAGAAAAUCAAGACAAUGAUAACGGACCCGGCGUCAACUGGACCGAACUGAUUUAUUGUUUCAUGCCGAUGAUAAAUGACAUAACGUGCUUCCAGAAAUCCACCGCGUUUUACGGUUCGAGCUCGAUCAUGAGAACACAGAUUAAAGACUUUUUAAUGUGUGGGAUUGAUGAGAUGAUUUCAGCUACAGCGGAGUGUUGAACCUUCCUGCUCAAAUCUUAACAUUUAUGUUCAUUUCAUCCUGAUAAAAACUAAAUUAAUGGAGUUUUAUCAUUUAAACACUCACCAUGUACUCUUUUAUUUAUUUAUUUAUUUAUUUAAAGAAUUACUUAUCAGAUUGAGUCUCUUUUUACUUUACAACUUUAAACCGAACACAUUUUCCAUUCUGAUUAUCAGACGAUAGCGGCUCAGCUAACCAGUAAACAUUUUAGUAGCGGUAACUUAUUAGCAAAGUGCUAACUAGCCUGUUAGCUGCAGUAUAUGCUAACAUGACACAUUUAAACAAACAAACAAACAAACCAAAACACUUAUUCUAGUUUUUCGCUGUUUUAGUGACUUUUAAGCGUUUUAGUGACUCAGAUACUGAAAUGUCUCUUUCACCACGUCACUUUCAGUUUUAUACUUUGUUAGCGUUUAGCUUAGCUUAGCUGCUUAGCAACAUUAAGUGUUUAUUAAAAUGUGUAAAUCCUCACUUGUUAAUAUAGAAUGUUUCUGUGGGUCUGUAGGCAACAUUUAUUUUAUUUACAUAUAAAAACCAUCUGUUUUCUUUCAAUCUUUGUUUUAUAUGAGUUUAGAAUUGAAUAUUUUAGACGUGUGUUUGUGUUGAUCGGUGAUCUGAUCUGUCUGAAGCGUUGAAGAAAUUCUCACCCAAGAAAUAAAGAAAUAAACGAGUUGAUCUUCUCCUCCGUACAUACUGUAUAAUCUCUGAGUUUUAUGUUUAUGUUUAAGAUUUAGUUUAUAAAAACAGAUCGAUUCUCUUUAAUGAGUUUUAAUAAAUCAUUUUUAAAAUGUAUUUGUAUUCCAGGUCAUAAUAUUCAAACUGCA